AUGGAACUUCCGUUGGGAUAUGGGAAGCCAGGUUCAAGAAAGAGUAGCCUCGGUCAAUCUCGCAUAUUGCUCGAUGAAGCUGGGGAAACACACUUCUACUGCAGGAGAAUUGACUAUUUUGCUCAAGACUACAGUCCCGAUCCACAAGACUCAACAUUAGUUAUCCCAUAUGUCGUCUCAAAAUCGGCGAUAUUUUUUUUAUUGGCGAGCUGUCUAAUGUUAGCAGCUUUUGUAUGCUGCUUAUUAGGGCAAUGCGUGCGAUAUAGAGGAAUUUAUACGUUUGUUUCAGGAUUAUUAUUUAUUUUUACAGGUUUAUUAAUGCUACUAGGACUAAUUGUGUAUAUAUCAGUGUUCAAAGCAGAGGUUGGCAUCAAGUUGAGACCUCAGUCGCAAAUCAGCCCUCCCUUAUUUGAAUACCAAUAUGGUUAUUCAUUUUUACUGUACAUAAUAGGAUUAUUUUCCACGAAAAUAUCUGGUAUUGGCUGUGUUUUUCUGUUUAUGUACAGAGUGCAAUAUCAUUGGAAACGGAAAGAAUAUGAUGAACUAAAGAAAGGGAAUACUCCACCAUCGAUAGUUAGUUUGAACAGGAUAUUGGAGCCUCCGGUUUCCAUGGAUUAUCCUUGUAGGAAACAUCCUUAUUAUUAUAUUAAUUCUAACAGUACGGUUACGUUUCCCAGGAGUCCUGCGAGAAACAGAUAUCCAGUAUCACCGAAAGGGCAAUCCCACGAAUCGCCUUGCUCUUUGCACCGUUCCCGCUUCCACCAGUCCACACCCUCCCUCAAGGACGUGGCCACCUCCUUCUACGACUUCCCCCCGCCGCCCACGAUAUCCUACCAGUUCGACGAGCACUACCAGAGCCGCGUGGAGCGAGGCAUGCCCCGCGACGUCACCGUCAACACCAUGAACACCGUAUCCACGACGGCGGACGUCAACGUGGACGAGCUACCCGAGCCGUUCUUCGGCGACUACUCGCCCAGCGUCCAGCACGAGUUCGUGACGUUCGACCUGGACCAGCCGCUGCCUAUCCGGGCUCAGAGCAUCGUGAGCAUCAGCUCGAGAGGCGGAGGAUCGUCGUCGAGGAAGAACUACGAAAGUGAUCCGAUGCGAAGGACUACGCCGGUGUAGGGAAGGGUAUUUUUUGAAGGAUAACGGAUUUGUUGAUAUUUUUUGUUUUGUAAUUGAACUUGUAAUAGAGCUGAAAUUUUACUAACUGAACGCUUUUAUGACUUUGAUUUACUAAAUGAUAACAAUUUAGAACUUUUUGUGUUAUUUAGAACAUUCCUGGUAGCAGGAGUCCAACAUAAUCAUCAUACAAGAUAAUUUUAACAGACAUAGUAAAAUUCCUAUUGGCUUCGAUAUAGAUAAUUACACUUCUAGUCAAAGCUAACCAACAGCAUGCGUCCUCUUCUGAUGCUUAGGUUACAUUCUUCAAUCCUAUCCUGUUAAUAAAAAAGUCUAGCAAUUUGGAGACUGAAACCUUCAUAUAGAUAUUUGUCAAAUGGUUAUCAUUACCUAGUACAAAAAACCUCACAUUUGCCAGGCUUUUGGCAAUGUGUUCUGUCGUUUCUCCUUCAGAUUUACAAAAUCCACAUAUUUGGAGUGGUCUGAAUUAAAAUGAAUUAAGUCCAGUUUUUUUUUACAAAUACAUAGAUAUCUGACAUGUUGAUUUGAAUAAAACUGCACGAGGAAGAAAAAUCUUAUCAUUUUAUAUAGAGGUAACGUAACACACUCUAAAAGGCAACACAUGGAAGAUCUUCCUUUUAUCCCGCCUAUAUACCAUAAUUUUUAUAAAAAUCGAAGAAAAGACUAUUAAGAUACAAUGUGAAGUCAACAAAUCGCUUAAUGACGAAGAAGAAUGUACCAAUGAAGCAAUGUAUAUCUAGAAUUUCAAAUAUUUUCAGGGAUAAAAUGGUUCCAGUCUAAAAAAGUAUAAACAAACAUUCUUAAAAAUGGCCACAGUUGUAUUUUGAGUUAUUUUAGUUAGUUAAUUAAGUAACAUUAAAAAAAUUUAACUCUCGUUUUCCCUUUAAUUAUCUCCUAGGACUUGACCAACUUCACUUCUGAACCCCUCUCAUAUGGCUUCGACCGUAAAUCCCAUGAGCUUCGGAUAUCUAUUACUUACUACACUUUAGUGUGUUUACUCAAAUUAUUAAUUUAUAUUUUUGAAGGUGUAUUUUUUGGAAUUAUGAUCCGUAACAAAAAUAUUUAAAAAAAUAAAUCAAACGCAUUCAGCCAUGUUUACAAAGAGUACACCUACAAAAAAUAUCUAUUAUCCAAAGCAUGCCAUUACCACGGCACAUAAAACAAUCGGCACGCCAACUCUGCUCAGAUUCCUUUGUUUAAAAUUUCUAUAAAAUUUGACCUUGACGGAGCCAUUAUCGUUUCCUAGUCAGGGCCGGAUUAAAACGU